GCGGAGCUCGAAACCGACUGGCAACUUCGGCGGCGCAGCGACUUGCCAAGUUCACCCCGGGAGCUUUUUCUUUGUAGGAGGAGAAGAGAAGGGGUGCAAGCGCCCCCGCUUUUGCGCUCUCUUCCUCUCCUCCUCCUCCCCUCCAGCUCGCCUCACUUCCCCCGCCCCGACUUUGGAGCGGGCAGCCGCGGACUGGUCACCCCGCGCCUCCCCCGGUGCUCGCCGCCGCAGCCGGGAGACGCGCCAGCCUCCCCGGGAGCCGCUCGCUCCGCGUCCGGGCAGCCGAAGGGAGAGGAGCCCGCGCCUCGAGUCCCCGAGCCGCCGCGGCUUCUCGCCUUUCCCGGCCACCCGCCCCCUGCCCCGGGCCCGCGUAUGAAUCUCCUGGACCCCUUCAUGAAGAUGACCGACGAGCAGGAGAAGGGCCUGUCCGGCGCCCCCAGCCCCACCAUGUCCGAGGACUCGGCGGGCUCGCCCUGCCCGUCGGGCUCCGGCUCCGACACCGAGAACACACGGCCCCAGGAGAACACGUUCCCCAAGGGCGAGCCGGACCUCAAGAAGGAGAGCGAAGAGGACAAGUUCCCCGUGUGCAUCCGCGAGGCGGUCAGCCAGGUGCUCAAGGGCUACGACUGGACGCUGGUGCCCAUGCCCGUGCGCGUCAACGGCUCCAGCAAGAACAAGCCCCACGUCAAGCGGCCCAUGAACGCCUUCAUGGUGUGGGCGCAGGCGGCGCGCAGGAAGCUGGCCGACCAGUACCCGCACCUGCACAACGCCGAGCUCAGCAAGACCCUCGGGAAGCUCUGGAGACUGCUGAACGAGAGCGAGAAGCGGCCCUUCGUGGAGGAGGCGGAGCGGCUGCGCGUGCAACACAAGAAAGACCACCCGGACUACAAGUACCAGCCGCGGCGGAGGAAGUCGGUGAAAAACGGGCAGGCGGAGGCCGAGGAGGCCACGGAGCAGACGCACAUCUCGCCCAACGCCAUCUUCAAGGCGCUGCAGGCCGACUCGCCGCACUCCUCGUCCGGCAUGAGCGAGGUCCACUCCCCCGGCGAGCACUCGGGACAAUCCCAGGGUCCGCCGACCCCACCCACCACGCCCAAGACCGACGUGCAGCCGGGCAAGGCUGACCUGAAGCGAGAGGGGCGCCCCCUGCCCGAGGGGGGCCGGCAGCCCCCCAUCGACUUCCGCGACGUGGACAUCGGCGAGCUGAGCAGCGACGUCAUCUCCAACAUCGAGACCUUCGACGUCAACGAGUUCGACCAGUACCUGCCGCCCAAUGGCCACCCGGGGGUGCCGGCCACGCACGGCCAGGUCACCUACACCGGCAGCUACGGCAUCAGCAGCGCCGCCGCGACCCCCGCGGGCGCGGGCCACGUGUGGAUGUCCAAGCAGCAGGCGCCCCCGCCGCCGCCGCCCCCGCAGCAGCAGCCGCCCCCGCAGGCGCCCCCGCAGGCCCCGCAGGCGCCCCCGCAGCCGCAGCAGGCGCCCCCGCAGCCGCAGCCGGCGCCCCCGCAGCCGCAGCAGGCGCACACCCUGACCACGCUGAGCAGCGAGCCGGGCCAGGCGCAGCGAACGCACAUCAAGACGGAACAGCUGAGCCCCAGCCACUACAGCGAGCCGCAGCACUCGCCGCAGCAGAUCGCCUACAGCCCCUUCAGCCUUCCGCACUACAGCCCCUCGUACCCGCCCAUCACGCGCUCACAGUUCGACUACGCGGAGCACCAGAACUCGGGGUCCUACUACAGCCACGCGGCCGGCCAGGGCUCCAGCCUCUACUCCACCUUCACCUACAUGAGCCCCGCCCAGCGCCCCAUGUACACCCCCAUCGCCGACACCUCCGGGGUGCCUUCCAUCCCGCAGACCCACAGCCCGCAGCACUGGGAGCAGCCCGUGUACACACAGCUCACCAGACCUUGAGACGGCCUUGUGCGUUGGGCGCCGUGGGCCCAGAAGUUCCUCAAAGUGACCCAAGAAACAGCUAGCCAGCCAGCCAGCCAGAAUUUCCUUUGGACCUCUUGAUCCCCACCCUCCCCACCUCUCUUAUCUCUCUCAUUCUCUCAUUCCUUAAAGACAUUGAAGCUGAAGGCAACUGGUACCCAACUUCCAAGACAGAAACCCUUUUAAGCUGUCCAGUGGCCAGGCCGCCCCGGGGCUGGGUGGACCAGCGAGCGGAGUGGACGAGAGACUGGAUUCGCGCAGCCGCCUUCCGAGCAAGCGAGCGAGAAGCGUGGUGGAGAAACGCGUGACCCCUUUGCUCAAUCUCUCUGCCUGUUUUUUUUUUUUUUUUUGACUUUGUAAUUAUUUUUUAGCAGUGAUUAAAGAAAAAAAAGUCCUCUGUGAGGAAUAUUCUCUAUUUUAAAUAUUUUUAGUAUGUACUGUGUAUGAUUCAUUACCGUUUUGAGGGGAUUUAUACAUAUUUUUAGAUAAAAACAAAUUAAAUGCUCUUAUUUUUCCAACAGCUAAACUACUCGUAGUUGAACAGUGUGCCCUAGCUUUUCUCGCAGAGUAUUUUUGUACAGAUUUGCUUUCUCUUACAAAAAGGAAAAGAAAAGAAAAAAAAAAAAGCCUGUCGUCCUAUUAACCUACCGAGAGAAAAGUGAUAGUUUGUGUGGUGGGGUCCAUUUGGCGGGGGGUGGGGUGAUGAGCUUUGCUGAAUUCCUCAGGCUUUCCGGUACAAGGAGGAGCUGCCUUAAAAAGACGAAUAAAGGCCUUAUUUUGCAAGUAGGAGAGAGUAGGCAAUAGUGUAGAGGACGCAUUUGGUAAGCUUUAUCCUAUAUAUAUUAUAUAUAUUUUUUAAACAAGAGAAAGUUACCUUGAGCCUUAAACACCGUGCUGCUGCAAAAUGCUUGCACUCUCGCAGUGCGAUUCCUCCUGCCUUUGGUGGUUUGCUGCGGUCUUAAGAAAGGAGCAAAAAGGCAGGCGACGGCGACAGAUCCUGUUUUGGGGGGAAUGUUUUAGCAGCCAGUGCGUGCCCCCUGUGCCCAGGCCCCAGGUGGCAUCCAGAUGGAGUGUGCCCAGACUGUUGUCACCUGUCCCUCUCUGAACGCCAGCAGUUAACCAACACAUUCCACGUGCUAAAAUUAUUUAUUUUGUAAGGAGAGGUUUUAAUUAAAAAAAAAAAAACUUCCUUUUUUUUAAAAUUUACUUUCUUUAAAAUAGGUUGUUGGAACCUUCUUCAGAGGGUAUGGUCAACCGUUGUUAAGUUAUGUUCUUAACUGUAACCAGUUUUUUUUUAUUUAUCUCUUUUAAUCUUUUUUAUUAUUAAAAGCAAGUUUCUUUGGAUUCCUUGUCCUCGAUCUGUACAAAUGCCUUUCGUCCGUCCUAUUUUUUUUUCUUUGUUGUUUUUGUUGAAAACAAACUGGAAACGUGUUUCUCUUUUUUUGUACAAAUGAGAGAUUGCAAAUGUAGCGUAUCACUGAGUCAUUUGCAGUGUUUUCUGCCACAGAUCUGUGGGCUGCCUCAAUUGUGCACGCGUUGUGACACAAAACCAUGCAGGUGUCAUCCACAUUCCCGCGUGUUCUCUCCCAGAGAGGGGCGGAUUCAGAGGGAAUCGGCCCCUGCCAACCCUGAUUCCUAAUGACUGCUGAGGCUAGAGUGUUUGAGGAUUGUUUUUUAAAAAAGACAGCAAACUUUUUUUUUUAUUUAAAAAAAAGAUAUAUUAACAGUUUUAGAAGUCAGUAGAAUAAAAUCUUAAAAGCACUCUUAUAAUAUGGCAUCUUUCAAUUUCUGUAUAAAAGCAGAUCUUUUUUAAAAAAAAUAUUUCUGUAACUUAAGAAACCAGGCAUUUAAAUCAUAUUUUGUCUUUAGGUAAGGUUCGCUUUGUGUUUGUGUUUUGUUUUGCUUAUUUCUCCUCCGAACCUUUUGCUCUG